AUGAAUACUGAUUCAACGCUAUCUGAAAUAGCAGCAUACAGUGGUAAUGAAAAACUGACGCCAGGCGGAGUUGAUAAUGUCAAGUACUUUAGGGACAUCCACCCGCAGUUCUACUUUUUGCCACUGCUCGUCGCAGUCGCAGGAAUAUUGCUACAUAUUACAGCGGCAGAAGAGUCGGGCAAGUACGUUCCAGAUUGCCGAUACAAGAGUUCAUUUUACUACACGUACAACAUUCGCCAUGAAUCGGACUGUCACAAAUUCUACAAGUGUAUAGGACCGUAUGCGUUCUCAAUGGAAUGCCCGAUAGAACAAGGAGUGCAGCUGGUUUUCAAUGAAGAGGACCGAGUCUGCGAUUGGGAAGGUGUACCUUGCUCAGGAAACACAGGAGAAACGACUACUGUGGCAUGGCCUACUGGAACGGGAUCAUCGUCGACGGAUAGUUCAGCAGAGACAUCCACGACACCUACUGCAACGGAGUCAUCGUCAACAGAUAGUUCAACAGAGGCAUCCUGGACGCCUACUGCAACGGAGUCAUCGUCAACAGAGACAUCAUGGUCGUCUACUGCAUCAGAAACAUCCUCUACACCUACCGCAACGGGGUCAUCGUCGACGGAUAGUUCAGCAGAGACAUCCACGACGCCUACUGCAACGGAAUCAUCGUCAACAGAUAGUUCGACAGGGGCAUCCUGGACGCCUACUGCAACGGAGCCAACCUCUACGCCUACUGCAACGGAGUCAUCGUCAACAGAGACAUCAUGGACGCCUACUGCAUCAGAACCAUCCUCUACACCUACUGCAACGGAGUCAUCGUCAACAGAGACAUCAUGGACGCCUACUGCAUCAGAACCAUCCUCUACACCUACUGCAACGGAGUCAUCGUCAACAGAGACAUCAUGGACGCCUACUGCAUCAGAACCAUCCUCUACACCUACUGCAACGGAGUCAUCGUCAACAGAGACAUCAUGGACGCCUACUGCAUCAGAACCAUCCUCUACACCUACUGCAACGGAGUCAUCGUCAACAGAGACAUCAUGGACGCCUACUGCAUCAGAACCAUCCUCUACACCUACUGCAACGGAGUCAUCGUCAACAGAGACAUCAUGGACGCCUACUGCAUCAGAACCAUCCUCUACACCUACUGCAACGGAGUCAUCGUCAACAGAGACAUCAUGGACGCCUACUGCAUCAGAACCAUCCUCUACACCUACUGCAACGGAGUCAUCGUCAACAGAGACAUCAUGGACGCCUACUGCAUCAGACCCAUCCUCUACGCCUACUGCAACGGAGUCAUCGUCAACAGAGACAUCAUGGACGCCUACUGCAUCAGACCCAUCCUCUACGCCUACUGCAACGGAGUCAUCGUCAACAGAGACAUCAUGGACGCCUACUGCAUCAGAACCAUCCUCUACACCUACUGCAACGGAGUCAUCGUCAACAGAGACAUCAUGGACGCCUACUGCAUCAGAACCAUCCUCUACACCUACUGCAACGGAGUCAUCGUCAACAGAGACAUCAUGGACGCCUACUGCAUCAGAACCAUCCUCUACACCUACUGCAACGGAGUCAUCGUCAACAGAGACAUCAUGGACGCCUACUGCAUCAGAACCAUCCUCUACACCUACUGCAACGGAGUCAUCGUCAACAGAGACAUCAUGGACGCCUACUGCAUCAGAACCAUCCUCUACACCUACUGCAACGGAGUCAUCGUCAACAGAGACAUCAUGGACGCCUACUGCAUCAGAACCAUCCUCUACACCUACUGCAACGGAGUCAUCGUCAACAGAGACAUCAUGGACGCCUACUGCAUCAGAACCAUCCUCUACACCUACUGCAACGGAGUCAUCGUCAACAGAGACAUCAUGGACGCCUACUGCAUCAGAACCAUCCUCUACACCUACUGCAACGGAGUCAUCGUCAACAGAGACAUCAUGGACGCCUACUGCAUCAGAACCAUCCUCUACACCUACUGCAACGGAGUCAUCGUCAACAGAGACAUCAUGGACGCCUACUGCAUCAGAACCAUCCUCUACACCUACUGCAACGGAGUCAUCGUCAACAGAGACAUCAUGGACGCCUACUGCAUCAGAACCAUCCUCUACACCUACUGCAACGGAGUCAUCGUCAACAGAGACAUCAUGGACGCCUACUGCAUCAGAACCAUCCUCUACACCUACUGCAACGGAGUCAUCGUCAACAGAGACAUCAUGGACGCCUACUGCAUCAGAACCAUCCUCUACACCUACUGCAACGGAGUCAUCGUCAACAGAUAGUUCAACAGGGAUAUCAUGGACGCCUACUGCAUCAGAACCAUCUUCUACACCAACUGCAACAGAGCCAUCUUCAACGCCUACUGUAACAGAGUCAUCGCCAACAGGUGGUUCAACUGAGCCAUCUUCUACGUCUAUUGCAACAGAGCCAUCCUCUACGCCUACUGCAACGGAGUCAUCGUCAACAGAUAGUUCAACAGGGGCAUCCUGGACGCCUACUGCAACGGAGCCAACCUCUACGCCUACUGCAACGGAGUCAUCGUCAACAGAUAGUUCAUCAGAGGCAUCCUCUACGUCCACUGCAACGGAGUCCUCGUCAGGAGGUUCAUCCUCUAUGCCUCCCGCAACGGGACCAUCCUCUACUCCUACUUCAACAGAGUCAUCGUCAAGUAGUUCAACUGAGCCAUCCUCUACUCCUACUUCAACAGAGUCAUCGUCAAGUAGUUCAACUGAGCCAUCCUCUACUCCUACUUCAACAGAGUCAUCGUCAAGUAGUUCAACUGAGCCAUCCUCUACUCCUACUUCAACAGAGUCAUCGUCAAGUAGUUCAACUGAGCCAUCCUCUACUCCUACUUCAACAGAGUCAUCGUCAAGUAGUUCAACUGAGCCAUCCUCUACUCCUACUUCAACAGAGUCAUCGUCAAGUAGUUCAACUGAGCCAUCCUCUACUCCUACUUCAACAGAGUCAUCGUCAAGUAGUUCAACUGAGCCAUCCUCUACUCCUACUUCAACAGAGUCAUCGUCAAGUAGUUCAACUGAGCCAUCCUCUACUCCUACUUCAACAGAGUCAUCGUCAAGUAGUUCAACUGAGCCAUCCUCUACUCCUACUUCAACAGAGUCAUCGUCAAGUAGUUCAACUGAGCCAUCCUCUACUCCUACUUCAACAGAGUCAUCGUCAAGUAGUUCAACUGAGCCAUCCUCUACUCCUACUUCAACAGAGUCAUCGUCAAGUAGUUCAACAGAGCUAUCGUCUACGUCCACUGCAACAGAGUCAUCGUCAAGUAGUUCAAUAGAGCCAUCCUCCACUCCUACUUCAACAGAGUCAUCGUCAAGUAGCUCAACAGAGCCAUCCUCUACGUCCACUGCAACGGAGUCCUCACCAGGAGGUUCAUCCUCCAUGCCUCCCACAACGGAGCCAUCCUCUACUCCUACUUCAACAGAGUCAUCGUCAAGUAGUUCAACUGAGCCAUCCUCUACUCCUACUUCAACAGAGUCAUCGUCAAGUAGUUCAACUGAGCCAUCCUCUACUCCUACUUCAACAGAGUCAUCGUCAAGUAGUUCAACUGAGCCAUCCUCUACUCCUACUUCAACAGAGUCAUCGUCAAGUAGUUCAACAGAGCUAUCGUCUACGUCCACUGCAACAGAGUCAUCGUCAAGUAGUUCAAUAGAGACAUCCUCCACUCCUACUUCAACGGAGUCAUCGUCAAGUAGUUCAACAGAGCUAUCCUCUACGUCCACUGCAACUGAGUCAUCGCCAGGAGGUUCAUCCUCUAUGCCUCCCGCAACGGAGACAUCCUCUACUCCUACUUCAACAGAGUCAUCGUCAAGUAGUUCAACAGAGCCAUCCUCUACGUCCACUGCAACGGAGUCCUCACCAGGAGGUUCAUCCUCUAUGCCUCCCGCAACGGAACCAUCCUCAACACCUGCUGUGACUGAAUCAUCGUCAGCAGGUUCAUCCUCUAUGCAUCCUACAACGGAGUCUUCUUCGACAGAACCGUCGUCUAGUUCUUCUGAUGCACAAUCAUCUACUAGUGCCCUACCAACAUCCACAACUACCGCAACUGCUGCACCACAGCAAGAAUGCAGCGAAUUCGAAGUAAAAGCAUCCGACGAGCAUUGUAAUCGGUAUUAUAAUUGUCUGAAUGGAAGAUUUGUAGAGAAAACAUGUCCCUUUGGUUUCUAUUAUAAUCCAGUUACGACAUUUUGCGAUCUGAUAGUGUGCAUUCGAACGCCCUUCAAAGCUUAGAUUGUCCAUUAAAUUAUAAUAUUUAUUUCUUUUUCUACGGGUUGUACUUUUCGUUAGAUGCAUCU